AUGACUGAUGAUAAUGAAGCAGGUCAUUCACGUCCUAAUCGAGGCAGGUGGAAGGUCAUAGAAGAUUGUUCAAUGAUUACUUUGCUGAUCAACCAGUCUAUCCAGCUCGUUUAUUUCUUCGAAGAUUUCGAAUGCAGCGACAUGUCUUUCUUCGGAUUAUGGAUAGUGUCAUUGCAAGUGAUGUAUGGUUCACUCAAAAAAGAGAUGCUACGGGACAAUUUCAAGGAAGAGAGUGGUGUUGCUACUUUAGUUCUUGAAGCUGUUGCUGAUCGUGACUUAUGGAUAUGGCAUUCUUUCUUUGGGAUACCAGGUUCGUGCAAUGACCUAAAUGUUCUUCACCGAUCUCCUGUGUUUAGGGAUGUUUUAGAAGGUCGAGCACCCCCCGUGCAGUUUACGGUGAAUGGUAACCAAUAUGAUAAGGGUUAUUAUCUCACUGAUGGUAUAUAUCCGAAUUGGGCAACAUUCAUUCAAUCAGUUACAUGUCCUCAUACUCUCAAGGACAAGUUAUUUGCUCAACACCAAGAAGGAGCUCGAAAAGAUGUAGAGAGAGCAUUUGGGGUGCUGCAAUCUCGGUUUGCUAUUGUUCGUAAACCAUCCCUCGCAUGGGAUGAGGAAAUUCUCAAUGACAUCAUUUGUUUGCAUUAUCAUGCACAACAUGAUUGUGGAAGAUGCACGAGAUACAUAUGCAGACUACGCAGAUACUACCGAAUUCAAUACCAACACAAGUAA